AUGCAGGCGCUAGGACAGCUGUCUGGGCUAUCUCAGCCGGCGUGGUUAACAAUCCAGCCAGUCCGAAUUCCUCAGCCCUUGAAGCUCUCUAUCAAUCCAGUAGAUCCUCUCGUCCCAACUCGAAACUACGCGGCCGAGGUUCUGCAAGCGGCACCACCGUCUUUAAACAACAGUCGGAUAUUGAAACUAUCAUACAUUCCUCCUCAGACGGCCCAGACGGUCCUUUUGAGAGGUGCCCGUCGACCAGCGACCACUGCACAUCCUUCGUCACAUGGUCGGAGACACCUUUGGACGUCGAUACAGAAGAAAAUAAGGUCACUCAGACCAGAACGUGUCACAAGUCCGCUCGUGUACUCGCAGAUUGUUCGGUUGGAAACAGAGGCCAAUGCAUUCCCCAAUAACGUUGCAAAACAAGUCACUUUAUGGCGGGCAAUCAUGGAGCUAGACACUCCGUCUGCGUAUGACAAGAUCAUAUCUCGAUGGGAACGGCUAUUGGAAUUUGCACCCAAUAGUCAAAUCAUCAAAUCGGAUGCAGCAUUCCGUCUAUAUCUCAUGGCUCUCCUCAAGAAAGGAGACGCCAAAUCCAUCUGGCUCGCUGCUGCUCGUCGCGACCAAGUUCUUCAAACCGUUGGUGCGGCUCCGACCGAACCAGCUGCUGUCGAAGAAGAACCAGCCAGCGCUUCCAAAGUGACACAGAGUCCUUCACACGACAUUGCAGAGGCGGUCUUGUCUGACCCGGCGAUCACGAAUACUCCGACGUGGGCGAUUGGUGACAGUGGUCUAGGCAAGUCGUCUGGUGGUACUGGUGUAUUGGCGGGUAUACAAGCUGGUAGCAAACAACAGCCGCUUCACGUCAUGGUCGCUCAGCCGAAAGGAAGUGUUGCGUGGCAAAUCGGCAAAACUCUGCUCAUCGUUGGAUUGUAUGGUUUCCUUACCCUCACUAUCCUCGGGUUGGUGCUGGAGAACUCUGGCGUGCUCAAGACCAAUACCCAGGUCACCGAGUUUGAGCAGAGUGGUGGCGAACCGGUCAAAUUUAGCGACGUUCAUGGUGUCGAGGAGGCAAAGGAGGAACUUCAAGAUAUUGUCGAAUUCCUCAAGAACCCGUCGAGCUUUUCUACAUUGGGCGGUAAACUUCCAAAGGGUGUCCUGCUCGAAGGACCUCCUGGUACGGGUAAGACGCUUCUCGCCAGAGCGGUUGCAGGAGAAGCCGGAGUUCCCUUCUUCUUCGCGUCUGGUUCGGACUUUGACGAAAUCUUUGUUGGUGUUGGUGCAAAGAGAAUACGAGAGCUUUUUGCCGCAGCCCGAAAGAAGCAGCCGGCAAUCAUUUUCAUCGACGAGCUCGAUGCCGUUGGUGGGAAACGUAGCCCUAAGGACCAGCAAUUCAUGAAGCAGACGUUGAACCAGCUGCUUGUUGAGCUGGAUGGCUUUAAACAAUCCGAGGGAAUCAUCGUCAUUGGUGCAACCAACUUCCCACAAAGUUUGGAUAAGGCGCUGGUCCGGCCUGGUCGCUUCGACCGCAAGGUUGUGGUUCCUUUACCAGAUGUCAAAGGACGUGUGCAGAUUCUCAAGCAUCAUAUGAAGAAUGUGGUCAAUGACCCGAGCGUAGACGUCGAGCUGUUGGCAAGAGUCACAGUGGGCUUCUCUGGAGCAGACCUUCAGAACAUGGUCAAUCAAGCAGCUGUUCAAGCAUCCAAAGAGCAUGCAGAUGCAGUCAAGAUACGACACUAUGAAUGGGCUAGGGAUAAAAUCGGCAUGGGUCCUGAGCGACGUAGUGCAGUCAUGGAGGAAAAGGUCAAGCUCGCUGUCGCCUAUCACGAGGGUGGUCACGCAUUAUCAGCCCUUUUCACCAAAGGUGCAAUGCCACUCUACAAGGUGACCUGCAUGCCACGAGGACAAGCACUCGGAGUUACGCACCAAGCUCCUGUCAAUGAUCGAACUAGCGUCACAUUUACAGAAUAUCUCGCAGAUAUGGAUGUAUGCACCGGUGGAAGAGCCGCCGAGGAGUUUAUCUACGGCAAAGAGAACAUCACGUCCGGCGCCUCGUCCGACCUCGUCAGGGCGACUGAUAUUGCGCGCUCCAUGGUUAGGCAUUGGGGAUUCUCAGACAAAGUUGGACGCGUGGUUUAUCGAGAGGAGGAUGCUGCCAUGAUCAGCCCGCAGAAGAAGGAUGAAAUCGAGUCAGAAGUGAAAAGACUGGUAGAAGAGAGCUGCACCCGAAGUAUGAAUCUUAUCAAGUCCAAGGAAACGGAACUCCAUCGACUCGCCAAAGCCCUGGUUGAGCACGAGACUUUGGACGCAGAAGAGGUUAAAAAGGUUAUCGCAGGAGAGAAAAUCCGAGUUGCCGAGAAGCUGGCAGAUGCGUGA